GCUCUUUUAGAAUUUGUCUAGCAGGUUUUCCGGUUUUAACCGGAAGACCCUCCCUAUACGGCGUUUAUAACAAUAGAUCUUUUUUAGUUCUAGUGGGUUUAUUUGUUCGAUCACUUUCGAAUGUUCGGUGGUACGCGUCCUAAGUGAUGCUCUCUUUUCGAAAGCAAUUAGGUGUUUGUGGCGUGCUGCGCUACGCCCACCGGCUUCCUCGGCUUCCGGCUGCAGCUGAUGCUGCUUCCCUUCCAUCGGUUUUGAGAGCCACUCUUAAGAGGCAUCUCGUUUCUCCUGAGCAUUUCCUUGGUUUCGCUGCACGUGCAGCUUUUGUUACCCUAUGGCGUCCGCCUCGGCCCCACCCGCGGCCCUGAGCGCCGAGCAAGCCAAGGUGGUCCUGGCGGAGGUAAUCCAGGCGUUCUCGGCCCCAGAGAACGCCGUGCGCAUGGACGAGGCUCGGGACAACGCGUGCAACGACAUGGGCAAAAUGCUGCAAUUCGUGCUGCCCGUGGCCACGCAGAUUCAGCAGGAGGUUAUCAAGGCCUAUGGCUUCAGCUGCGACGGGGAAGGUGUCCUAAAGUUUGCCCGCUUGGUCAAGUCUUAUGAAGCCCAGGAUCCUGAGAUUGCUAGCUUGUCCGGCAAGCUGAAGGCACUGUUCCUGCCCCCCAUGACAUUGCCUCCCCACGGUCCUGCUUCUGGUGGCAGUGUGGCUGCCUCCUGAGGGUCGGCCCUCCCACUCGGGGAAGACCUUCAUGUUCCAGAGGAUAAUAAACGUGCCUGUGACUUA